UGCCCAGCUGGGCCGGCCGGCCAGGCGAUAUAUCCACCGCGCUGCCGCUGCCCGCGCCGCGGUCCACGCACCCCCCAUACUCGUCCCAGCCUGCCUGCCUGCCUUUCCCUCGCCGCUCCCGGCAAGAUCCACAUGCAGUAGUGGUGGUAGUAGCAAGAGGAUCGGCGGGAGGAGGAGUUUGGCUGGCCUCAGCUCAGCUCCCUUGUUGCUACUAGCUGCUGCUGCGUGCUUCGAUCGGCUUUCAAAUCAGGAACAACGACAGAUCCGAGGCUUUCUCGAAUCGGGCAGGUCCAUCAAAUCGCAAGUUAGCUGCUGCGGCUACCCAUCAAAUCACACUCAUCAAAUCAAAGGGGACCAAAAGGAUAUCUCUGCCUCCUGCCUCCCCUCGCGCUCCCGGCCGGCCCCUAGUCGUAUAAAAUUUCCCUUUCGGCUUCCUCCUCCGUCCCGGCCUCCUUCUUCCUCUCUCUCUCUCUCUCUCUCUCUCUCUCUCUCUCUCUCUCUCUCUCUCUCUCUCUCUCUCUCUCUCUCUCUCUCUCUCGCCCCGCUACCUGCUGCUUAUUGCUUUCCCCCUGCGAUCCGUUCCUUGCCCUAGCUAGCCGCCGGCCGGAUCGAGCUAUCGAGGCCGCUAUACUCGCCGUCCGUCCUCGUCCUCGACUACUCCCCCGCCGAUCUCGACAGGGCGAGCGCCUCAGGUGCCGGAGCUGCCGCAUUCGGUCGCCGAAAUCUGUCAUGAUGUCGUCCUCGUCCUCGUCGUCGGCCGCCUUCCCGCUGGACCACCUCGCGCCGUCCCCCACCGAGCAGCUCUGCUACGUGCACUGCAACUGCUGCGACACCAUCCUCGCCGUCGGCGUGCCCUGCAGCAGCUUGUUCAAGACGGUGACGGUGCGCUGCGGCCACUGCGCCAACCUGCUCUCCGUCAACCUCCGCGGCCUCCUGCUACCGCCCGCGGCGCCGCCGGCCAACCAGCUCAGCUUCGGCGGCGGCGGCGGCGGCGGCGGCGGCGGCGGCCACUCCUUGCUCUCCCCCAUAUCCCCGCAUGGCCUCUUGGACGAGUUCGCGCUCCAGGCGCCGAGCCUCCUGAUGGAUCAGGCGAGCGCCAACCUGAGCAACACCAUGAGUGGCCGCAGCAACAGCAGCAGCUGCGCCAGCAACCUGCCCGCCGCGCCGAUGCCGGCAGCGAAGCCACCCGUGCUGCAGGAGCCCGAGAUAACCAAGAGCGCCCCCUCGGUGAACAGGCCUCCGGAGAAGCGGCAGAGAGUCCCGUCGGCGUACAACCGCUUCAUCAAGGACGAGAUCCAGCGCAUCAAGGCCGGCAACCCGGACAUCACCCACCGGGAGGCGUUCAGCGCAGCCGCAAAGAAUUGGGCACAUUUCCCGCACAUCCAUUUCGGCCUCAUGCCGGACCAGGGCCUCAAGAAGACCUUCAAGACUCAGGAUGCCGCUGAAGACAUGCUUCUCAAGGAUGGCCUCUAUGCAGCAGCGGCAGCGGCAGCAGCCGCCAACAUGGGCAUCACCCCAUUCUAGCUGGUUAUUUAGGCAUGCUCCAGCCAACAAGUUCUCUGGGCACGCAGUGGCCAUCGCCUAUCGCACUUGUGCCACGUUCUAGCUAGGGUUUCGUCUCAGAUCUUGAUCUCAGUAUCGCGCUUAAUUAGAGUACUUUCCAGUACCGGGGGGUAGAAAUGGAGAAUCAAGUUAGAGCACUUAGGCCUCUAUCUUAUGAUCCUUCCUGCUUUCUCUAUUUCGACCCCUUUCAGUUCCUGUUUUCUCUAGUUUUCUCGUUUUUGUUCCUGGACCCCUUCAAUCCGCCUGUAGAGAAGUCGUUGUGUCUCCUCCGAUCCCAUGAUUGUGUCUGUUCAAGAACAUGUUUUUACCAUGGACAACUAGCUGAGCAUCUAGUAAAUCUAGCAACAGUGCCCGUA